AACCUAUGUAAGCUCAAUAAACACAUCACACCAAGAGAUUCUUGGAAGAUAAAUUUCUGUAUAAGUCAGGUCUUGUAAUGAUCGAGACAAUGGAUGCUAAGAAGUCGUUGGUGAUCGUAUUAACCAACGUCGUCGUAUUGCUUCUCGUCGGUGGCGCCACGGUGGUCCAAGCUUGUCUACCCUCCGAACGAGCGGCGCUUCUUGAGUUCCGAUCAAAGCUCAAUGAGCCUUACAUCGGCGUUUUCAACACUUGGAAAGGCCAGGACUGCUGCAACGGCUGGUACGGCGUGAGCUGCGAUCCCAAUACUCACCGAGUCUCCGGCAUCACUCUCCGCGCGGAAUCCGAGGACCCGAUUUUCCAGCAGGCAAAACGGAGUGGGCUGAUGACCGGCUCAAUCUCGCCGGCGAUAUGUAAACUCACCCACCUCUCCGGCAUCAUCAUCGCCGACUGGCAGGGAAUCUCCGGCGUGAUUCCCAGCUGCAUCGCAAAUCUGCUUUUCAUGAGACAUAUAGAUCUCGUCGGGAAUAAAAUCUCCGGCGUGAUUCCGGCGAACAUUGGGAAGCUGCAUAGACUGAGAGUGUUGAAUCUCGCCGAUAAUCAAAUAUCCGGUGGGAUUCCUUCGUCGAUCACGAGAUUAACGAGUUUAUCGCAUCUGGAUCUCAGGAAUAACUAUAUCUCUGGAGUCAUACCGCGAGAUAUGGGCCGGUUAAAGAUGCUGAGUCGUGUGCUCUUAAGCGGUAACAAAAUCUCGGGUCAAAUACCCGUAUCUCUGACCCGAAUCUACCGUCUCGCGGAUCUUGAGCUCUCCAUGAACCGAAUCACCGGCCCAAUACCGGCUUCGCUUGGCAAAAUGUCGGUGCUCGCGACGCUUAAUCUCGAGGGGAACUUGAUCUCCGGUCCAAUUCCGGGGACUUUGAUGAGCUCUUCGAUCUCGAAUUUGAAUCUGAGCGGGAACCUUAUCGCCGGACGGAUACCUAACACGUUUGGGCCGAGAUCGUACUUCACGGUGCUGGAUCUUUCCAACAACCGUCUACAGGGACCAAUUCCGGCAAGUAUAACGGCGGCAUCGUUUAUUGGGCACCUCGACGUGAGUCACAACCAUCUGUGUGGGAAGAUUCCAACGGGAUCUCAUUUUGAUCAUCUGGAAGCCACAUCGUUCGCUUAUAAUAGCUGCCUAUGUGGAAAGCCUCUCGGGAAUUGUAAGAAAUAAUUUUAUCAAUUAUUAAAAUGAUUUGGGAAAUCAUACCAAAAACUUGAUUUUGAUAUAAAUUAUUUAUAUUUCCUCAUUACCAUUGCCAUGUAGCUAGCCGUUUGAA